CUGUACCAUGUUGCGGAAUCAUAUACUGUCCAAAACAUGCUAUCGAAGCCUUGUCGGGCGCUUAUCGUCCGUGGGGGUUUCUCCCACUACGAAUGUCAUUCGCACGGUUGAAAAUAGUCUCGUGUUGAGGUCGAGUUUAGCGACCCCAAAGUUUUCGUCUCAUUCGACUCCCAAGAAUGCGAAUCGGGAUGAGCUCUACGAAUCUAAUUUUGGCGAUAAGCUCGACGAAAGCGACUUUUUGGAGUUCGGAAAACAGGCCACCAUAGAGAAGAAAAUCCCGCAGGGCUCAAAAGACAAUACGGAGGAGACGGAUUCUUCCGUCCCCAGCCAAACCAACCCCGUGGAACGGACAAUAAAGGAAGCCAAAGCUAUGGGCCAGAAGGUUGUCGGAAAAGCUAAGGAUGCGGCUUCGGCUAUCAAGAAAAAUAUGCAGGAAUUGUCCACACCAUCUGCUUCUGUUUCCGGUUCUUCAUCAAGAACUCUUUCCGAGGAAGAAGUCAAGCAGAAAACGUAUACUGAUGCUUUCGACGAAAGCGAUUCGAUUGAAAUUGGCAAGAAAGCAACCGGAAAAAUUGCCAAACCUAAAUAGUCUCCGUUUUAUCAGUUUCGUGUACCGGUGAUUGGUCAAGAGCGAGCAGCCACUUGUCCUUUAUACUUUUUCCAAACAAUUCAGCGGCUUGAUAAUUUCUGCAAUACAUACUUGAAUACGACCGCUUGAUCGAGCUGUGAGCAGGAGACGUGGCUGUCUCUCUAGAUCAACAUACUAUCACGUACGGCUAUGGGUUGAGCAAAUUCUAUGGUUUCCUAAAGGCGGUCGGCGACUAGGCAUAGACAAAAGCGUUUAUAUCUGUGUUCAUAUAGACAUUCCUUUGUCCUUUGUUCAAAGUCUAAGUUUUU